AUGAGGCGGCUAGGAGAAGGACCUUCCACGGUGGCGGCGAAGAUCUCAGGAAGCGGCGGAGAUUUCGGGAGGACCACCGGUGAGAACGGACGGGGGCCGGAAACUGAAUCCCCCACGGCGGCGAGCUUAUGCAAUGCUCACUGCAACACCAAAUUCACAAUCCAAUCCAUCACCGUCUCUCCCUCCUCCGCCAGGUGGCACGUCGAUUUUCUCGUCGAAAACCUUAACUCCAGGUAUACUAUCCUCUACGGAGUUAAUGAAACUGCUGUGAAGCUCGGUCCCUUGCACGCUGCCGUUUUGAAUACUUCUCAUGAACGUAAGUCUCCAAGUCACACGGCUUUCUCAGUGGAUUUCGUUGCCGAGGGAAACUCAACCGACGUCGUUUUUGAACAAUUGGAUAUUAAGUCAAGGGCGAAUCAUAAGAUUUUCGGAAAUAAUCCUAAACCUGGACAUAUUGAUAUAAGGUGUUAUAAUCUGACCCGAAACCAAGAGAACGUCGAGAAGGUUCAGUGUUACUCGUCUUUCACAGCAUUGGAAGUUUUUGCCGAUUCCGUCUCCGUAUCAAACACAAACGUUUCAGACGCUGAUUGGAGGAUAGGUCUUGUUGCGACGAGUCCAGUCACCGACUGUAAAUUCUCUUUACAUACACUCAAGUCACGUUUACUCCGCGGCGAUCAAGUUAUCUCCAACAAAACGAAUGUCGUUUUCGAGAAGGUGGUAAUGCCGGAAGUUACUGCAGGCGACGUGAUUUGGGAUUAUCGGGUUGAGACUUGGUUUGCAGUGAACACACGUUUUAUGUACGGGAACGGCUUUUUGAUGGCCACUUGUCCUGAUAUUUCAGUGAAAUUCACGGGGAAUACGACUGGGAAUGUGAUGGGAUCGUUGCUUGGGAAUAGAAGACGAUGCGAUUAUAUUUUCCAAGAAAUGUUGGCUUAA